AUGUUUUGGCGCUUCGGCGGGUACGCGCAGCUGUCGUCGCUGGACAACAUACUCGACAAGCCAGAUGUCACGGUCGAGGAACUGCUGGACGAGUCCGACCUUAUCCAGGAGCUAAAACAGCAGAAUUCCAAGCUGAUUGAGUACCUGCGAGACGAAAAUGUCCUCGAACGCCUGCUGCGCUAUGUCAUAGCUGCAAAGCCUUCUACAUCGCCCGACGAGGAGAUAGUCGCCGAAGGAGCGAACGAGGCUAGAAGUCCUAACCGCCAGGGCUUCUUCGGCAAGGUUGCAGGCAGAGCUCGCUCAACAUCAACCGCCCAGUCUGAAUCUGGCGAUGGCGAAGAGAGCAAGGAGGAGAGGCAGCGCAUGAAGUACGCAUACGUGUCGUGCGAGAUACUGUCCUCAGAGGUCUGGUCCAUCUCCGAGGCAGUGCUUGAGAAUCAGGAUACCUUGCGCCACUUCUGGGCCUACAUUAGGCAGCCUGCACCCCUCGACCCUGUGCAGGCUGGCUACUUCACCAAAGUGAACGAGUCACUCCUAGACCGCAAGAUGGAAGAGAUGCUUGACUUCUUCAAAUCGCUAGACAAUGUCGUCUCGGAUAUGCUCCAACACGUCGACUGCCCUGUCAUCAUGGACCUCUUGUUGAAGAUUAUCAGCCUUGAGAAGAGCGAGGGGGGGCAAGGCAUUGUUGACUGGCUACAGCAGCAGAAUCUCAUUCCGCGUCUGAUCUCCUUCCUCGCUCCAGACCAAUCCACCUCCACCCAAACAUCGGCGGGCGACUUUCUUAAAGCUAUCAUUACCAUAUCCGCAAACGCUACCACCCAAGAUCAAUCCGUAAUAGGCCCCAACGAGCUAACGCGCCAGCUCGUGUCUGAUUCCUGUCUCAAGCAGUUGAUAGAGUUCAUGUUGCGUGGCGGAAAUCCUCUGACUGUGGGUGUCGGUAUCGUCAUCGAGGUGAUCAGGAAGAACAACUCCGAUUACGACCUCGAGAACCAGAUUGGACCUGUGCCCAAGAACUCAGACCCUAUCUAUCUAGGUACAUUACUACGCCAAUUCGCCACUCACAUCCCGCAGUUCAUGGCAUUGGUCAACAGCUCGAGCCAAAUUGUUACACAGACAGAUGGAAGUACUACAACGAAGAAGCGAGAACUCAAGACUGCAUUUGGCGAAAAGAUUGAACCACUCGGGUUCGACCGGUUUAAGACUUGCGAGUUGAUGGCGGAGCUGUUACAUUGCAGCAACAUGGCCUUGCUCAACGAGCGUGGAAGCGAGGCUGAAGUCAGAAGGCGAGACACUGAGCGCGAACGCUUAAAGGCCGAAGGUACGCUAACAUUGGCCACUGGCAACCUGGGCGAUUUCUCGACCAGCGUUGAUAGCCACGGCUUUCAUCAUGCUCGCGCGCCAUCUAUGGACUCGCCUGCUGAGAUAAAACCGCUUCAAGUGCAAAACACCUCUGAAGACGACUUCGAGAAGGUCACUGCACCAGAGGUUGCACCUGACGCUCCCAAGGAGAGUGCUACGGAGAAGGAAGAGAUUGGAGAGCCGUUAGUCCGCUCACCAAAGGUCGCACCAAGGGAAUCGCCUUCUGAAAAGGCUGGCGCAGGUGACGGCGAGUUUGUCGAUGAGCCUCUCACGCCACCGAAAGACACCACAGCGCCAGCUGCAUCGAAUAGCACGACCGCAAAACCAGCCGACGAUGCGGAGUCUCCCACAUCAGCAGGGCUGUCUGCUAAGGUUGGCGGUCUUGAUCUAGAUAACGACACCGUCAUGGACGACCGUCAAGAACUGUCAGAGCAUGCCAAAGCAGAGCCAGAGACCAAGGAACGGCCAUCUCUUCUAACACAACAGCUCACUCAGACCUCAGAACCGAGCACUCUUGACCAACCUGAGGAUCUAUCACCUCAUUCAGAUGACAAGCCUGCACCGCUUUUCGCGGGUAAGAGCCGCGACAGCAACGCAGAACCCACCAAUAUCGACACUUCGCGGUUUACUGCACCUGUACCAGAUUUAGAUCCUUCGGAGAUAACACCUAUCGAUGAGACUCAAAGUGUGCGAUCGGUGGUUUUCGGCAGCGUAGAAGGCAGCAAUGCAGGAUUCGAGAUCGACAUCGACGGAUCACCUGUUGUUGGUGACCUACUCAAAAUAACCUUUGUUGAGAACAAGGUUGUACCAACUAUUCUUGACUUCUUUUUCCGCUUUCCUUGGAACAACUUCCUGCACAAUGUAGUUUACGAUGUCGUCCAGCAAGUGUUUAACGGACAGAUGGACAGGGGCUUCAACCGCUCAUUAGCUAUUGACCUCUUCGACACCGGACGGAUAACAGAGCGAAUCAUCGAGGGACAACAGGCGAGCGACAAGGCCCAAAGCGAGACUCAUAUGCGACUAGGUUACAUGGGUCACCUUACACUCAUUGCAGAAGAGGUGUUGAAGUUCACGGAACGACAUCCAGACGAUGUCUUGUCCCAACUGGUCCUAGACAAGGUCCACAGCGAAGAAUGGGUACACUACGUCGAACACAUACUUUCGGAAACCCGAGAACGCGAUAACGCAAUCCUUGGCGGCGUCCGACCGGACAUGAGCGUCGGGCCCCGGCAAGCGGUGUUGAAUGCCGUGAACGCGGCGUCCGGUUUCGGCGGCGACAGCAGCGGCCUCUCCAACGCAAGUCUCGCCAACAACGGCAACAUAGGCCUCGACAGCAUGGAGCUUACCAAUCAUGGUGAUACUGGGGGUGGUGGGUACACCUUCAGCGGUGGCUCCUUGCUUAGUGGCUUUACUAACUCGAGUGAUGAAGAAGACGAGGACAUGGACGAUGUCGACAACGACAGAGAGAGGGAACGACAGGGACCUGUUGACGACUCCGAACAAGUGGGUGAAAUCUCAUUUGACGAUGCUGAUAUGGACUAUCGAUAA